UCACAACCAGAGGACCACCACAUUUCGACAUCCUGUGACUGGACAGAUUUCCCCAGAGAACAUGGAUUUUAUCCUGCAGCCGCAGGGUACUCGAAUGAUGUCAAAACCUGCGGGUGAGCAGCUCUCCAGUACCACCGUCAGCGAAGCCUCUACUGCCAUCACCUCUUCCACUGUGGACACGUCAGCCUCCAAGGGCUCCCGGUCCAGUGGCAAGGUGCACAGCUUUGGGAAGAGAGAGCAGUCCAUCAAGAGGAAUCCCAACGUCCCUGUGGUGGUCCGCGGAUGGCUGUACAAACAGGACAGCUCUGGGAUGCGUCUUUGGAAGAGGAAAUGGUUUGUCUUGGCUGAUUUCUGUCUGUUUUACUACAAAGACAGCAGAGAGGAGUCAGUCCUGGGCAGUAUUCCUCUGCCCAGCUAUGUCAUUUCACCAGUGGGACUCGAGGAUCACAUCAACCGCAAGUAUGCCUUUAAGGCUAGCCACACUGGUAUGCGCUCGUACAUUUACAAGCAGACCUCUGUGAUUGGCUCGCAGGCGGAGCACACUGGGAUGCGAACCUAUUACUUCAGUGCCGACACCCAAGAAGACAUGAACACCUGGCUUAGGGCCAUGAACCAGGCCACGCUGAUGCAGAACCACAGCGAUGCAAUGAUCAGACCAGCUGAUAAGUUGUCGCAGCAGGCUGUCCCACAGACAAACCAUGUAAGCCACCACAAGACCAAGACUUUCGAUUCUGAGACAACAAGACAGAUGAUUCAUGAGGUUCUCCUGGAGCCCAUACACCGUGACGCAGAGGAGCGUUGCAGCUUUCACAAAGACUCUCCUGCCACCAUCAUGUUGGAUCCCCCCAUAGGAAGCACUGGCCUAGAAAUGGACACGCACACUUCCCUCCCAUCUAAUCCCGCACCCUCUGCCGUACCACAGCCAGAUCACAUUUCGGCUUCAGCGCCUGUGUCCAGGGUGCCGUCCCGUGCUCCGUCACGAGCCGCUUCGACUUUGCCCUCCAGCAUUUGCACAAGAAAUGGCCUGGUCUCCACACCCAGCCCCAUACUGGAACCCAACGGCAUCGCAGCAGGGACGUAUCAAAGGGCCCCAGAGCCACCUGCUAAUAACACACAAAAGCACGCUCAGAGGAGAAGUACCCUUGAGCAGGUGGAGCAGUGGGUCAAAGUACAGAAGGCUGAGUACAAAGGUGCCCCAUCCAGAGAGAACACCCUGCCUCGUCGCACACCACCAACGCAACACAAGUACACCUCCAUCGACGCCUACCAAACCCUGCCAAAAACUCCUCGCCAAAGUCCCCCACCUGGCCGACUCGGCGAGUACAAGUAUGCCCAGGACCGCCUGAGUCACUUUCGCCUGACCCCAGAUCAGGGGGGCCCGGCGUCCAACACUGUCUGGCAACUGUAUGAGUGGCAGCAGCGCCACCAGUACCGUCACGGCAGCCCUACCGCACCGCUUUACACCCCGGCCCCAGAGUAUCCAUUUGGCCCCCGCCCACCAUCUACUGUGCCUCCCUCCUCUUCAGCACCUAGGUCAGAGGGCUCUCCUCGCUGUGUCUCAGUACCACCAUCAUCAGCAGACAUACCUCCACCAGGCCCUCCUCCUGGUAUCAGCCGAACCCUGUCCCCCGCACGGAGGCCACACACGCCGGCUGAGCGGGUGACAGUCAAGCCUGUGAGUGAUAUAUCCGUGUUGAACAUCCCCUUCACUGUUUCCCCUCGCAGGACCAAAUCUCAGCUGUUUAAGGCUGCUACUGUUGAGAGACGAUCAAUGCCUCCGUCCGGCUACAUCACUCACACAGUCAGUGCACCCAGCCUUCAUGGCAAAACGCCCGAGGAGCUCACUCUGCUCCUUAUUCAGCUGCGUCGCCAUCAGGCCAAGAUGGCUUCCGCACGUCAGCAAACGUUAGCCCAGCUCCAGCGGCUCAAUGGUCCCAAAGAUCCUUUCCAACACAACCACCUCUUCAGUGCUACCACCACUAGCACCAGUCCCCUCCUCAGCGCCGGCCCCUCUCCCGUGUCCCAUGUUGGACACAUGGGCCUCUCGGCAUCACUUGGCCCUUGCAACACCCAGGCUGAUGACACCUAUAUGCAGCUGAAGAAGGACUUGGAGUAUCUGGACCUAAAGGUACUGAAGGAGUCAGGAAAACCUGUCAAGGUUGCAGAAAGUGAUGUGGAUGUGAAGUUGAGUCGGUUAUGUGAACAGGACAACAUACUAAAGGAUCUGGAGGCGAGGAUCAGCUCCCUGAAGGACGACAAGGACAAGCUGGAGAGUGUAUUAGAUUUGUCCCAUCAGCAGAUGGAGCAGUACCAGGAACAACCAGCUCAUGCCCACAAAAUCGCCUACCAGCAGAGGCUGCUGCAGGAAGAUCUGGUGACGAUCAGGGCGCAAAUAUCCCGCGUUUCCACGGAGAUGGCAUAUGCCUGGGAGGAGUACAGCAGGCUUGAGAAUUCAGUAGAGCAGUUGAGGCUAGCACUGCAGGCACAAAUGAACCACAGCUCCACCUCUCAGCAAGAGAAAGCUGAGAUGAAGCGCGAGCUGUGGAGGAUUGAAGAUGUGAUGGCCGGACUGAGUGCCAGCAAAGCCAACUACAAGAUUACCAUCGACUCUGUCCAGAACCCAGAGAGGAAAUUAGUGCCUUCAGUGUCAGAACCAGCAGUGCCUUCUCCAAGUGCAGAGAUUCAGCCUCCUCCUCGCAGCUCCAUCCCAAACAUCCACUCUUAUACUUUGCCUCACAGCACUGUGCCAAAGUGGGCAGAGGACAGUGCCCCACCCAGGCCACCACUGCCUCGCCAGUACGACUAUGAGGAUAUACCUCCUGUGGUUCCGCCCCUCCCCAAAGAGGCCUCAGUUAUCCGCCACACAUCGGUGCGUGGGCUGAAGCGCCAGUCAGAUGAGAGGAAGAGGGACAGAGAAAGUGGGCAAUAUGUUGUCAAUGGAGACUAUAAGACUGACUUGCGUUCAUACCUGAGUGAACCAGAGCUGCCAGGAGUAAACCACCACAACAUUGGGUCUGACACUGACUAUCAGUAUUUCUCAAGUAAAGGCUCUUCCUCUCGACAGAACCAGUCCAACUCAUCUCAUCUCAUCUCAUCCUACGUCACCCUAAGGAGACGACUUGGGAGCUCUGCAGCAAAGGAAAGACCUAAGAGUGCCUUGGAGUGUCUGUCAUCAACUUCCGAAGUCCUGCAGCCCUCGAGCAGCCAGGCCAGAGGCCGAAUGACUGCGGAGGAGCAGCUGGAACGAAUGAAGCGCCACCAGAAAGCGUUAAUUCGGGAGCGCAAGAGGAACCUCAGCCAGGGCGAGCGUUCCAGCACGGGCCUGUCUGCCUCCAGCGUCACCGCCCAACGCUCGUCGUCCUCCUCAAGGCUGCCCUCGAGCACGUCCGACCCUCCAGCCUCCGUGUUUGACUGGCAGGAGGAGCGACCUGUGGCAGAAGGUCAAAGCGAUGAAGGGUGGAAUCCAGUCAAAGAGAGGGGCAGGAUCCAGUCAGAUGAGUGGGUGACAGUAACAGCUACACGCAUAAGAGAGGUGGAUGUGGAACCUCUCGACUAUGACCUGGAUAUCAGCCGAGAGCUGUCCAAACCAGAAAAAGUUCUCAUCCCCGAGCGCUACAUUGAGUCUGACACCGAUGAGCCUCUUAGUCCAGAGGAGCUGGAGGAACGUGCCCGUCGGGCUGAGCGAAUCAAGACCCUGCUGGCCAAAUCCAGUGUCCAGAACAUACAGCCAUCUGCACCGCUGGACUUCACUGAGCUGGAUUCAGCUCUGCAGCAGCAGGAAAGGAUCAUGAAUGUGUCCCAGAUGCUGGCUUCAGAGGCCUCGCGCAAGAGCAAGCUUGUUGCAGGGACUGAAAGACUGGAGAGCUGGUGAGCAUAUCUGGUCCAGCAAGAGCUACUGCAGACCACUGAUCCACAGGAACGACCGGUGCAACAAAACGGAGUCUUUGUGAAAGGAGCUUGAACUGGAAGGAUCUAAUCAUUGGAAGUGGACUGAUUUACAUAUAACAAAUGCCUUUUUUUAAUGAUUGAGGACUAAACACAUUUUUUCAAGAGUUUUUCAUUCAUAUUUCUGAAGUGGUAUCAGGUUUUCUUGCUUCUGCAAUUACACUGCACAUUUAAGUAAUUAUUUUUAACACAAGUUAGUUGCUUUUUUAAACUCUACAUUUACUUACCUGUACUGUUGACAUGAAAGUUUUAGCUGGAUUUAAUUUCAGCUGGAUUUCAGUUUUAAAUUGCAGCGAGAUCACUUUGACCAUUAUUUAUUGCAGUGUUUAGCUUCAUGGGCUUCGUAUACUUUCCCAGCACUGUCACUUGAUGAUCCAGAACCCGUCAGUCAUCACAAAAGCAUUAAAAAAAUAAUACAGUUUAACACAUUAAAAGAAGUUAUUACAAAAAUAAAUAUUAAGAUUGAAAAUGUUUACUUGUCUUUUUUUUUUCAUUUUUAAAAAAUAUUAUUUUCUGGAUAUAUAUUCAUCAACUUAAGUUGAAUAAAGCAUAUUAGAGAAUACAUAUAAACAUAAUCUAAUUUAUUUUCCAACAAUAUUAAGCCUUCGUGGCAGAUGGGCGCCCCUCGCUGAGCCUGGUUCUGCUGGAGGUUUCUUCCUGUUAAUAGGGAGUUUUUCCUUCCCACUGUUGCCAAAUGCUUGCUCACAGGGUGUCAUAUGAUUGUUGUGGUUUUCUCUGUAUUACUGUAGCGUCUUUACCUUACAAACUUAAGGCUUUGGCGUGUAGUUCUGAUUUUACACUAUAUAAAUAAAAUUGAAUUGCUUGGUGAAUAGUACAGUAGACCAGGACUCUAAGACCAGAUGAGCCAACCUGAGCACUGCCUGGAUUGACUAAAAGAAAGCUUACGACUCACUACCCCACAGAUGGAUCCUGGAGUGCUUGGCACUGUAAAAGGCUAAUAGUAUGCCGAUAACAUUCAUCAGGAACUUGCUGGGACUGUGAGAGACCAACUCCAAGGCAAUCACAGAAGUUACUAUGAAGUGCAGAAUACACCAAGGUGAUGCACUGUCCCUACUGUUCUGCACAGGCCUCCACCCCUGAAGCUAGCUCGUCACUAAAAGUGGAUAUGGAUAUAGAUUCAGAAGUGGAAGGACCAUCAGACACUUUCUGUACAUGGAUGACAUCAAGCUGCAUUCCAGGGAGACAUAAACGCACUGAUCUAUAUCACCAGCUUCUACAGUGAAGACAUCAGAAUCUAAUUUGGACUGAAUAAGUGUAGACAAAUUGUUGCAAAGGAAGGGAAGAUAAUGCGGAAUGAAUGCAUGCUAGAAGGGAGUAUACCAGAUAUACAGGACAGCUACAAGUACCUGAGUGUCCCACAGGCCAACAGGAAUUCUAAUGAAGAUGCAUAAAGGUCAGCCACAGCCACAUAUCUCCAGAAGGUAAGUCAGUUGCUGGGAAUCCAGCUCAAUGGCAGGAACAAGAUCCAAACCAUCUGUGCAGCCCUACCAGUCAUCAGAUACUAGCUGGAAUAAUAAGCUGGCCACAUGACGAGAUGGAUGCCACUGAUGCCAAGAUAUGAAAACUCCCGACAAUGCACAGAACUCCAGCACCCUGAGGCUCUAAGAGCAACAGAAGGAGGGAAUAUGUGGGGAGUGUCAGAGUCACAAUACAAGAUGAAACGGAGCAUCUACGAGUACAUCAGAAAGAUGAGCUGCAGACAGAUGGUGAUAAGGAACAA